CCGCGAAAAAAAAAAGAAAGAAAAAAACAGUUGUCUGAAGUUCGAAGAUGAGUAGAUGACGACAUCCGAAAACGCUUUAGAAACGGACUCAACGUAUCUCAGCCGUCGACUUCGUACGCCGUGCACCUCCGCAGUUAAAAGCCAAAAGCUGGUUAGAGAAACCCAAGCAAUCAGUAGGAUCUCCGAUCUCCAACUGCCCCAUCUCCGUCCAAUAAAAUCGGGCCAUGGCUUCGGAGAUUUUCGAGCGUGACCGGCACGUGACGUUUCUUCAGAUGGAGUACCAGCUGCUGCCGUCCCCCUACCAGUCCCAGGAAAUCAACAGCCUCACUCUAGCUUACUUUGUCAUCUCCGGCCUCGACCUCCUCGCCGCCCCCGAUCGCCUCGUUGACAAGGAAGCAGUUGCCAAGUGGGUUCUGUCGUUGCAAGCUCACCCGAGAAGCCAGUCCGAAUUGGACAACGGACAAUUCUAUGGAUUUUAUGGUUCCAGAUCUGCACAAUUUCCUUCAGAGGAUAAAGACAAUGGGGCUUUAUUAAGUUGCAGUGUCAGUAACUUGGCCAGCACGUAUUGUGCUGUGGCGAUACUUAAAAUCAUCGGCUAUGACUUGUCCAGUAUUGAUUCUGAGUCGAUACUAACGUCAAUGAGAAACCUUCAACAGCCUGAUGGGAGUUUUAUGCCUAUACAUACAGGGGCCGAGACUGAUCUCCGAUUCAUUUAUUGUGCUGUGGCCAUUUGUCAUAUGAUGGGAAAUUGGAGUGGCAUGGACAAGGAGAAAGCCAAGGCGUACAUAAUAAAUUGCCAGUCAUACGAUGGAGGCUUUGGGUUGACUCCAGGUUCAGAAUCUCAUGGCGGUGCAACAUAUUGUGGUGUUACAUCUCUCCGGUUAAUGGGAUUCAUUGAAGAAGAUAUUCUUUCUAAAGAUGCAGAGUCUUCCAUAAUAAAUGUGCCAUUGCUGCUGGAUUGGUGCUUGCAGAGACAGGCAGCUGAUGGUGGAUUUCAGGGUAGACCCAACAAGCCUAGUGAUACAUGUUAUGCCUUUUGGAUUGGAUCAGUUUUGAAGGUUUUAGGGGGCCACAAAUUCAUUGACAAGAAGGCUCUACAUGGAUUUUUGCUAACUUGUCAAUCCGAGUACGGUGGUUUCAGCAAGUUCCCGGGGGACUUUCCAGAUCUAUAUCACUCCUAUUACGGGUUUACCGCAUUCAGCCUCUUGGAAGAACCCGGCCUGAAACCACUCUGUGUUGAGCUGGGAAUGUCUGCUAUUGCUGCCAUUGGAAUCUGACCUGAUAUUUCUUCAUAUACGUUGGCUUUCUAGUUUAUUUUUUGGUGCUUUUCCAUGUAUUCAAUCGUGUUCUUCAUAAAUAAAAAUAAAAUUUACCCCUUCCUUUUACUGCAAGUUAUAUAGAAGUAGAGGUAAAUUACUUGGCCACAUGCAGUGGGCGGUAAAUAUUUUUUGGAAGUGACUUGAUAUUUA